AUGAUGGGAGCUUCUUCAGACGCAGACAAGGACAAUCUAAAGAAGACCAUCACGGCCGUUACACAGAGAAAACUUCUGAUAGUAGCGGACAAGGAUCCGCGAGUCUGGCCUAUGUGCUACGAGUAUGGCAAAUUAGGACACCUGCGUGCACAAUGCAAUAACGAGCAGGGGAGACCCCUCCUAAAGAAAUGGAGAGAGGCAGGUAUUGAAGUAGCCUUGUAUUUAGAUGAUGGCCUCAUUUGGGCAAGUUCCGCACAGCUAUGCGAAGAAUCCGUGAGGAUUGUUAGAGAAGAUUUGAAGUUAGCAGGUGUCACCAUGGCGAACGCUGUCGGACCCGGACCAAAGCAUUUCGUGGUUGGGACACGUGUUUGA